AUGCCCACAAAAUCCUUAUUCUCCCACUUGACCUUCGUAAGGCCCUCGUGGCGACCUCGCUACAGUGUCUUACCACGGUUCCCUCCGCGCACCAAUUACCUCGUCCGAUACAGUUCCUGCUCGCCCAUGGGAAAGGCCCAAUCGGAUUCCCGCAAGAAUGUAACCGUUAAAACACUGCAGAACCUCUAUAGAAAGGGCGAACCCAUCACGGCACUUACAGCCCAUGAUUACCCAACUGGAUAUAUAGCCGAUGCCGCGGGGAUGGAUGUGGUUAUCGUCGGAGAUAGCCUGAGUAUGGUCGCGUUAGGGAUGGAGGAUACAAACGAAGUGACGAUGGAAGAUAUGCUACUCCAUUGCCGAAGCGUGUCUCGUGCUGUUAAACAUGCCUUCACUAUAGUAGACCUCCCAAUGGGCUCCUACGAACUAUCCCCCGAGCAGGCACUCCAAUCGGCCAUCCGCAUGAUCAAAGAAGGCAGCAUGAAAGCUGUGAAACUCGAAUGUGGAGAGGAAAUGGCUCCCACCAUCCGCCGAAUCACCCAAGCUGGGAUCCCCGUCCUGGCACAUAUUGGACUAACGCCGCAACGACAUCAUUCCAUUGGUGGGUUCAGAGUCCAGGGCAAGUCCGUCGCGGGCGCAGUCAAGGUAUUGCGGGAUGCACUUGCUGUGCAGGAAGCCGGGGCGUUUAUGGUUCUGAUUGAGGCUGUUCCCGGGGAGGUUGCUGCUUUGAUUACGGAGAGGCUUCGUAUCCCGACGAUCGGGAUCGGGGCUGGGGUUGGUUGUUCUGGACAGGUGCUGGUACAGGAGGAUAUGAUGGGUAAUUUCCCCCCGGGGAGGUUUAUGCCCAAGUUUGUGAAGACUUACGCGGAUGUUUGGGGGCAGUCCAUUCGGGGUAUCGAGGAGUUUAAGAAGGAUGUUAAAGGUAGGGCUUUUCCUUCGGGGGAUCAUACGUAUCCGAUCUCUGAGCAAGAGCUGGCGGAGUUUCAAAGUGUUCUGCGCGAGGCAGUUGAGCAGGAAAGUGGACAUAGUGUGUAG